AUGAGGUCAUUGUUCGCAGCUCUAAAGAAAUCAAGUGAUGAAAACAAAUCGGCUCGCACUGUUGGACAUAUAAAGGUUCCCAUCGUGAAGCAUGGACCAACGAAGAAGUACCAGAUUGAGCGCGGGCGAAAAAUUGAAUCGCUUCUUGGAGUGAAUAAGGAUGGUGAUGAACUUAUGUAUAUGGUGCGAUACAAAGGUCCUGAGCCACAACAUCACAGAACUGAAAUGAUACCAUCGUCUGUUCUGCGAAGAGUCGCUAUGAAGGUUAAGAUUCGGAAUUUGUGUCAAGAAUUUUCAGUUUUUCAUUCGUUUGCACGGUGA